AGAAUUACAUUUCAAGAAAAAAUGGAAUUCUUGAAAAUUCAGAACUAUAACACUCUCAUGAUCAUGAAAUCGAUUGUGUUGCUACUAUUAUGCGUUGUACGUGUGAACGCUCAGGUUACACUUCCAUCUAGACAAGACGGAUUUUGGUACAAUAACAGAAUCGCUGAUACAGAAACCAUAUUAAUCGAGGCUUUCUUCGAUCCCCUUUGCCCUGAUAGCCGCGAUUCAUGGCCCCCUCUCAAGCUAGCUAUCGAACACUAUGGAUCUCGUGUCUCUCUCGUUGUUCAUCCAUUUCCUUUACCGUAUCAUGACAAUGCAUUUAUCUCAUCGCGAGCGUUGCAUAUCAGCAAUCAGUUGAAUUCUUCUGCAACAUAUAGAUUACUCGAAUCGUUCUUUGAUCACCAGGGCAAGUUUUAUGGCAACGCGACUUUCAAAUUGUCACGAUCAUUUGUCGUUGAUAAAAUUGCAAGAUUUACAGCAAAAUCAAUUGGAAAUUCACAUUACGCUGCUGUAAAAGCUGCAUUUACCGACCCGAAAACUGAUCAUGCAACAAGAAUUUCCUUCAAGUAUGGUUGUAUAAAAGGCGUAUAUGGGACGCCUUUUUUCUUCGUAAAUGGUUUUCCUCUGGCUGAUGAUGGCUCAACAUUGGACUACAAUAAAUGGAGAAAAAUCAUUCAUCCAUUGUUGAAGAACUAACAACUUUGUUAUAAGACUGCGUAACAAUAAACCCUUGUGGUUCGAUUGGACCUGCAUAUAGCGGGAGCUUAGUAUACGGAGAAGUCCAGUAGUUGUAUUUGUACUCUCAUUCACCUGAUGAUUGAGCUAGAGAGACAAACUUUAAUUUUAUCUCUGGUGUUUACAAAUAUAAUGAAAGUGAUUUAUUGCUUCUAUAGUUA